AUGCCUUGGCACGGAUUGGAUCCACCCGGCGUCUCCCUUCAGCGCCUCCUCAAGCCGUCUAUCAAGCCUUCACUGGAAUCAGAGUCUAUCUUCAUGCCGGUCGCCCCCGGAGCAGUCGGAUCGAACUCAGGGGCUGCAUCAGUUGGCCCGGGGACUUCGGCAGGCGGCUCGGGGGCAGCAGCAGUCGCACCUGGCCCGGGGACUUCAGAACCCGGCCCGGGGGCUAUGGCAGUUAGCCCGGGGACUUCAACAAUGCAGCAAGUGGUGGCCGACUCCACCCCGCCGCCUCCCAACCCAACCGCCCUAGUUUCAGUGGCCGUGAUGACAGUGAAUGAAGUCGAAGCACCAUCAUGGGCGCAUCCCAUCCUCAACCUUCUGGUGAGCGGCGAGCUACCAACCGACGAGAUUUUGGCCCAGCAGGUGCAACACCGGGCGGGAGCAUACACGAUAGUAAACAGAGAACUUGUCAGGCGCAGCGUCACUGGUGUGUUCCAGCGCUGCGUGGAGUCAGAGAAGGGCAAAGCAAUCCUCAGAGACAUCCACCAAGGCGAGUGCGGCCACCACGCGGCCUCCAGAUCCCUUGUCGCCAAAGCCUUCUGCCACAGUUUCUUCUGGCCGACUGCUCUAGAAGACGCCAAAGAUUUGGUCAAGAAAUGCAAGGGGUGCCAGAAAUUCAGCUCCAAGCAACAUCUGUCGGCUUCUGCACUCAAGACCACCCCCCUCACUUGGCCCUUUGCCGUGUGGGGGCUAGACAUGGUGGACCCAUUCAAGAUAGCACGUGGCGAUAUCACCGUCCGGUAUAGUGUACCGCACAACAUCAUCACCGACAAUGGCACAAACUUUGCCAAAGGCACCUUGGCUCGUUUCUGCGUGACGCAGAGCAUCCGACUGGACUUAGCAUUUGUUUCUCAUCCGCAGUCAAACGGCCAAGUCGAACGAGCGAACGGCCUCAUCCUCUCCGGCAUCAAGCCCUGA